AACGUUACCGGUCGCGGACGCGAGUGAUACCGUCGGACGUGGCGGAAAGGCGGACGAUAACAGUUACUAGUGCGUAAUAACGUAACGUUACCGUUGACGUUAAUUAAUUUAAUUGCUCUAUUUGUUUUUCUAGUGAUAAAGUCGUAAACAUAUUUCAUUUUCUAUUAGUUAGCCAGUCUGUGACGUCUGUAGCAUAACGCGUUGAUAACGUAUAUGUGUAACGUUACCAUAACGUUAGUUAAAUGGCGUGUCAACAUUUUUCUAUUUGUAACUAACAUAAGUUUUACAUGACCUCUAAAUUAAAAUCCAAGCGCAAGAACUUUAAUACAUUCGGCGAAAUGGAUUUUGACACAGAAGGUUUCAUCAUGGAGGUGCAGAAUCGGCCGGCAAUUUGGAACACGAAAUGUGUGGAGUACAACGAUAGGGAGUUGAGGCUGCAGGCGUGGAAUGAGCUGGUAGACAUGUAUGGAGGGGACCACGAUAUGUCGAGAGCGGAGAGGAAACAACUAGGUGUGCAUCUUCGGAAAAAAUGGAGAAAUGUACGCGACUGCUUCGUUAAAGUGCAUAAAGCAAAAACCAAGGGCUGCGAUGAUAAGAAAAAAAUUCACUACGCGCACUAUGACAACCUGCUAUUCUUAGCAGAAACGGUAUCUGGCAAUACCGUUUUUAACGUUGCCGACUUUAAAAACGAAACACAUAACGAUGAAGACGACCCUCUUUCAGUUGUUCGGUUAAAAAAAAGAAGAAAUAUUGACCCUCUAGAGUCUGGGGAUUCUGCCUUAAAUAAAAAAGAAAAAACCCAGGAGCGGGAAAGAAAUAUGGCGGAAGAAGAAGAAGACAGAAUGUUUUUCUUGUCGUUGGUCAAAGAGUUUAAUAAAAUACCGGAGUAUUCGCGAAUACAAGCGAAAAUAGAUCUUUUGCAAGUGAUAAAAGACGCGCAAUAUUCAGAUUAAGUAUAUAGAGUAUAAACAAAUACAGACAAUCUGACAUGAGCAUUUCUAAAUGUUUUUAAAAUCUAAGUGUAAUCUUUUGUAAUAAAAACAUUGAUUUUA